CUUCUGAAAGGUCUUGUGACGCUGGGCAGGCGACGGCCGCGAAGCUCCUCCGAAGCGGGGCUUUCCUUGUGUGAUCGUUGGCCGCGAGCCUGAGCAAGGAGGGAGAAGAAGCCCUCCCUCCCUCCUCCCCCCAAUGCAGAUUUUGGCGCGCGGGGUGGGGGAGAGACAGGCGAGGGGGCUGGUUUAUUGUGGAAGCCGCCGCUGCUGGUGGCGCGGAGGAGACCCACCUCCAGGGAGGGAGGGAGAUGGCGCUGCCGAGUUCGCAGCCAAACUUUGCACAAGAGGCGGCUGCUGCUCCUCCACCCGGCCGAAGUUAGCUCUGGAGCGGGACGCGGCUGGCAACCGUCUCCAGCCUUUGCCCGCAGGAGCGCCCCACGCCAAAAAACAACCCCCCUCCGCCAGCAGCAGCCCGGAUCCCAGUCCCUUCCCACCCAUUCCUAAAGUGACGGCGGCGGCAGCAGCAGCAGCAGCAAGUCUGCAGAUGGGAACCAACUAAUCGCAGCCAACUCCGGCAGCCCGUCUCCCUCCCAGAGCGUGUCCGGCCACCCGGCGCCUCCAGGAUGAGCGAUCAGCCCUGGGGAGCCUCCCGCAGCCGCCGCUCCCGCCCGGGCGGGGACUACCCGAGGGCAAAAUGAGCGAUUAUCCGGAGAAGGAGGCGCCGAUCUCGCGCAAGCAGCGCUUGAUGGCCGCGAUCGCGUCCGGGGACGAGCGUGCAGGAGCAGCGGCGAGUGGCAGCUGCUGUCGUGCCGAUUCCCCGGCGGCGUUGGCGGCGGCUGCCUCCGCCUCCUCCGACGCGGCGCUCUGCUGCUUCAUCUGCGGCGGCGGGAUCAGCCGGGGCAAGGAGCUGAAGCUGCAAGUGAAGUACCCCCGCGACAACCAGCCUUUUUUCCCUUUCCUGCAGCACCAGGAGCCGGCGCCCGGGGCGCAGGAGGUGACUCCGGAGGGCUGCGCUGUGGUGUGCGCCGUCUGCCGCUGCUUUCUGGCGGAGCAGUGGGACUCCUUCGAGAGGACGCGCACGCCGGUGGAGAAGCGCAUGUAUUGGCUGAAGCGGCCCUACCAGUGCGACGGGCCGGCGGGGGGGCCCGGCGGGCUGCGCAGGGGCCCCCAAGAGUGGAACCUCUCCUACGUGCUGGGCGCCGACGACGAGCGGCGUCCUAGUAGCAGCAGCGGUCGGAGCCAGCCGGCCGACGACGAGGAGGAAGAAGGUUGCGGCGCCGGCGGCGAAGACUCUGAGCUUUCCUCUCUCUCUGACGCCGGUAACCUCUCGGAGCCUGACCUGCGUUCCCCCAGCCGGAACAGCGGCGCCAAAGGCAGUCCGAGUUACUGGCGCGUCAAAGAGCGCGCGGUGCCAAGCGCGCACAUGGGGAGCCGCGCCAGUUACCGCGAGUGGAACCAGCCGCCGCCGCCACCUCCAGAGGAGGCAGCGAUGGCGGCGGCCCCCUUGCGCCCGGGGAACGGGCUGCCACCGUCAGAGAAGCCUCGGAGGAAGAGGCAGCGGCGGGCAAGACUCUGGGGAGCAGAGGCGCCGAUUUGGAGAGCUGCUCAUGGCGCGCCAGGGGGCAGCGGCGGGAGCGCACCGGGGGCCUUCCAUACAGCGGGAAGAGGCGACGGGUUGGUGGGCAAGCGACCCCCUGGGGAAGGUGGCCGAGAGUUUUCCAGUUACUGCUCCUCCGAGGAGAGCGAGAUCAAUAUCACCAGCGACGAGGAGCAAAAAGAGAAUGGCAGCGCCCUCCUAGCGCCCAGACCUCUCUGGGGGGCAGAGCCGCCAUCGGUAGGAGAAGUCGUCUGCUUCGUUUGCGGCUCCCUCUUGACGUCUACUUCCCAGCACAGGAUUCACGUGCAGAAGCAGGAGAAAGCCUCUAAGGCGCCUUUCUUCCCCUUCCUGUGGUUGCACAGCCCUCCUCCGGGGGCUUUACCCAUCAGCACCGCUGGUAGCACCUUAGUGUGUUCUUGCUGCUUCUCUUCCCUCAUGCAGCAGUGGCAAAGCUUUGAGUUGGCCAACGUGCCUGUCCUGCAGCGGCUCUAUGUAGUACCUUUGAACGCUGUAGCCCCCAAGGCUAAGAGGGAGACUCUUCCAAGAGAGGAGGCACUGCCUGGACCCCUGCAGCUUCUCCAGGAAGCAUGUUACCUCUGUGGGGAGGAUUGCACCAAGGAUGGCCGGUCAGUCUCUGCCAAAAUCACCAAUGGCAAUGCCAAAACAACCAUGCACUUCCCCUUCCUCAGCCUCCUUCCUUGCCCUCCCAAUGCCAAAGGUCUCAACAAGCACUGGGAGGUUCAUAGCUGUCGGAAAUGUUAUGGUGUGCUGCAGGACCUAUGGGCCAUGUACCGGGCUUGCCACAAUGAGGAGUUCAUCACUUCGGUGCAGAGCUUCCUGGGCAGGUAUCACCAGGUCUUUUCAGCUGGGGAGUCCAAUAGCAUUGCCCGGCAUCCUAGUUUGGCCAAAGUGGGCUUGGUGUCCAUUUGCUACAUCUGUGGAGCUGAACUGGGAGCAGGGAGGGAAUUUCACAUCAGUGUCAACCCUCCAGGCCGCUUUGGUGAGAAGGAGCCAUUCUUCCCAUUCCUCACAGUUUACCCACCAGCUCCUCGGGCUAGGCCUGUCGAUUCAACUGGAAUAGUGGCCACAUGUGUGCUCUGUUACCAUGAUCUCUUGGGGCAGUGGAUGCAGCAUGAAAGCAGCCAUUCCCCUCAUUCAAGCAGCGCCUGGUCCAGGCAGUACAAAGUGGAGACUUUUGUCUGCUUCUUCUGCAGGCAAGAGAAGAAACGAUGCCUUGGAUUAAAAGCGGUGCAAGUUGCCAGGCUGCCGGUGUUCCUGUGCUCUUUACGGGUGCCUAGCAGCUUGCUGGUGGAUGACGGUAAACAGCUGACCAUCGGAGCAUGCGCUGAGUGUUCCGUACUGGUGCUGGCUGGCAAAAACACAGUGUCCAGAGAUCUCUUUGCUGCACCUGCAAUGGCACCAGCUUCUCUCCAAAAGGCAUCUGCUUUUCCUCUAGAGGCACCUGCUGUGAAACUAGUUGCCAGUGAGGCUGCCCAGCGCCCAUCGGGCCCCGUGGAAAGCACAGCUGUGGGGAACGGAGCUGCUCAGGAUUACAGGGCUGGUUUGGAUGUGGAGGGUGCAGCUCAAACAGCUACAAGCAUGAGCCAUGAGCCAAAGUCACCUUCUCUAGGAAUGCUUUCAACAGCGACCCGGACCACCGCCACCGUCAGCCCCCUGACCCCAUCUCCUCUCAAUGCCUCCCUUGUGCCCAGUGGCAGCCCGGCAGCCAACAGCACUUUGUCAGUCCAGUCCGCACCCUCUUCCAGCUUUGCCGCCGCCCUGCGCAAGCUUGCCAAACAGGCUGAGGAACCCAGAGGGUCUUCAAUAAGCAGCGAGUCUUCUCCUGUUUCCUCACCGGCCACCAACCACAGCUCCCCUGCAAGCACUCCCAAGCGAGGACCAAUGGGGCCCCUGAUUGUCCCACCGGGAGGGCACAAUGUGCCGAACACGCCUCCGGUUGUGACCAUUGCACCCACCAAAACUGUGAAUGGCGUCUGGAGGAGUGAUGGGCGACAGCAAGAAGCCGGGUCACGAAGCAGCGGUGGAAACAGCAGCAGCAACAGGGACCGCCUGAUGGCUGAGGCCCCGUUACCCCAGGAGAAAGCCAGUGGCCCAACAGUCCCUUCUCACUUGCUGGGGACGCCUUAUUCCUUUGGGAUCCCUCCUAACUCCAUCGUCCAGGACUCUCGUUUCCCACCUCUCAACCUCCCACGGCCUGUCCACCAUGUGGUGCCUCCCAGCGCUGUCACAGAAGACUACCUGCGGAGCUUCCGGCCCUACCAUACAGCUGAAGAGCUUCGCAUGUCCUCCCUGCCUCCCAUUACUCUGGAUCCAGCCACAGCUGCUGCUUACUACCACCCCAGUUACCUGGCUCACCAUCCAUUUCCUCACCCAGCCUUCAGGAUGGAUGAUUCGUACUGCCUUUCAGCUCUACGCUCACCUUUCUAUCCAAUUCCAACUCCUGGUUCACUCCCACCACUUCAUCCAUCAGCCAUGCACCUCCACCUGUCUGGAGUGAGGUACCCCACCGAGUUGUCUCAUUCGUCUCUCUCUGCCCUUCAGUCCGAACGCAUAUCCAGCCUGACUGCAGAGAGGCUGCAGAUGGAUGAGGAACUGCGGCAGCGGGAGCGAGAGAAGGAGCGAGAACGGGAAGCUGAUCGUGAGCGCGAGAGGGAACGGGAGCGGGAACGGGAGCGGGAGAAGGAGCUGGAACGGGAGCGGGAAAAAGAGAGGGAACGGGAACGGGAGCUGGAGAGGCAGCGAGAAAGAGCCCGGGAGAAAGAGCAGAGCAUUGUCAAAGCCAUGGAAGGCCCCUUCUUACCAGUGUCAGAGUUGCACGGACUGAGGAGUCACCCACCAGAAGAGCGUGUCAAACCAUCUGAGCAGCUAACGCCAAACCGAGCAGAGAAGCCCAAGGACUCUUCUGCUAUCCAGACCCCCAAGCCAGUCCAGCAUCUUUUGCACUCGUCGUCUGCCUCGCACCAUCCCGUGCCCAGCCUCAUUUCCAACCACAGCAUCUUCCCCCUGCCUGGCAGCAGCACAGCCACAGCGCUCCUCAUCCAACGCACCAAUGAGGAAGAGAAGUGGCUGGCGCGGCAGCGGCGGCUACGGCAGGAGAAAGAAGACCGCCAGUCCCAGGUGUCGGAGUUCCGGCAGCAAGUUCUGGAGCAGCAUUUGGAUAUUGGCCGCCCGCCCGGCCAGAUGGAGGCCGAGCACCGGCCAGAGAACCCCAGAUCGGGACCAAACCGCCCUGAACCAAGUAGUCGUGACCAACCGCAGCAUUUUGGAGGCCCCCCUCCGCUUAUCUCUCCUAAGCCUCAGCACCAUCCUGUCCCCACUUCCCUCUGGAACCCUGUCUCCUUGAUGGACACUUCUGAGGCACGAAGGAUACAGGAAAGCCACCCUCUCCCAAGCCACAGCACCCAGUAUGAGUCAAGUCGGCAAGCCAUCCCCCUUGUGAAGGUCGAGCGGGUGUACUGUCCAGAGAAACUAGAGGAAGGGACUAGGAAAAGAGAAGCCCUGGAGAAGUUCCAGCCUCCUCGGGACCCUGGUGGGGCAGAGCAUAGUGGCUUUUCCCAUGGGCCCUUCUUGGCAGAACUGGAGAAGUCCACACAGACCAUAUUGAACCAGCAGAGGGCCUCCCUCUCACAGGGUGGGCAGUUGGUUGACAUGAGCUUGAACGCCAAGGCAGGCUCACCCUAUCGGCAUCCAUUACCCAGAAGCCAUGACCCCAUGUAUGUUUACGACGAGUUCUUGCAACAGCACCGGAAGCUGGUCAGCAAGCUGGACCUGGAGGAGAAAAGGCGGAGAGAAGCCCAGGAGAAAGGUUACUACUAUGAUCUGGAUGACUCCUACGAUGAGAGCGAUGAAGAGGAAGUGCGAGCCCACCUGCGAUGUGUUGCAGAGCAACCCCCAUUAAAGUUGGACACCUCCUCUGAGAAACUGGAGUUCCUACAGCUUUUUGGACUGACAACCCAACAACAAAAGGAGGAGCUGCUGACUCAAAAGCGGAGGAAACGGCGGAGAAUGUUGCGAGAGAGGAGCCCCUCGCCACCUAGCGUCCAGAAUAAACGCCAGACGCCCUCUCCUCGUUUUGUGCUCUCAACACGUUACAGCCCUGAUGAAAUGAACAACAGCCCAAACUUUGAGGAGAAGAAGAGAUUCCUCACCACCUUCAAUUUAACCCACAUCACUGCUGAGAAACGGAAAGAUAAAGAGAAGCUGGUGGAGAUGUUCCAUGCCAUGAAACAAAAAAGUGCCUCCACAGCAAUAUCAGUGAAAACCUCCCCACGGGACAGUCCUAGUAGCGUCCAACCUGAGCCACAAGUACAGCAAACUGCUGUGGAUUCUGAGAAACCAGUCAGCAUUGCUGCUGCUUCGCUGCCAGACUCCCAGAAGACAGCUGAGCCCAGCAGAAUGGAACAGCUACGACCGCAUGAAUUUCCAAGGUCCAAGGAGCCAGCUCCUAUCUCCGCAGAGAAGCCUAAGUUGAGCGAUGGGCACAUGGCCAAGAAAAGCCUGAGCAUCCUUAACUAUGUCCGAGGUUCUUUGCCAAAGGACAUCCCUGUGCCGUUAUCACACAGUAUGAAUGGGAAGAACAAGCCAUGGGAGCCCUUUAUAGCUGAGGAGUUUGCACAUCAAUUCCACGAGUCUGUGUUGCAGUCCACACAGAAAGCGUUGCAGAAACACAAAGGAAAUGCAGUGGCACACUCCGCAGAGCAGAACCACAAAGUUGAUGCCUCCAUUCAUUAUAACAUUCCGGAGUUGCAGACUUCAAGUUGGGCGUCUCUGCCACAGCAGAAUGGCCAGAAAGACUCCCAGCAUAAGGGUUUAAUACCCCCAGAGCAUGAAAAGGUCUCUGACUCAGAAGAGGAGGAGGAGGAGGAGGAGGAAGAGGAGUAUCCCAGACCCAAAUGGCAGGGGAUUGAAGCCAUCUUUGAGGCUUACCAAGAACAUAUAGAAGAGCAAAAUUUGGAACGACAAGUGCUGCAAACUCAGUGCAGACGCUUGGAGGCCCAGCACUACAAUCUCAGUCUGACUGCAGAACAACUAUCGCACGCUAUGACGGAACUAAGGAACCAGAAGCAGAAGAUUGUCUCUGAAAGGGAACGACUUCAGGCCGAACUAGAUCACUUGAGAAAGUGCCUUGCGUUGCCUGCAAUGCAGUGGUCUAGAAGUUACUUCAAGGGGUAUCCCAGGUGACACUCCCUUGUCUAGGCCGAACAUAUAGUAUAGAAAUAAUAAUCUAUUUUAUUACCUGGAAUAUUUAAUAUUUUUCACUGGGAGGUUUGAAGCUUAAACAUAAAAGAGAAUGUGCCAUGCAUGGAGUAAUGGACCGUGGAAUCCAGGAAAAUCCAAAUCCAUCUCUUGAAAAGAUGCAACUGAAUCUUUUUAAGCCUGUGAGUAACUUGCUUAGAAGGACUCUAGUUUUGGUUAAAUUUGAAAGGGUUAUUUUCCUUCUGCUUCCUCUUCUGCCUUAUAAAAAUACUGUUUUAAUCCAGAGAUUCCAAUGACACUAACAUCCAUCUCCCGUUGAAGGGGCCGGCAUUAUCUCCAUACAUAUGCUCCUUUUUGUUGCCAUAUAAGUUCAAUUGUUAUACUUUGGAAUCUGCCCAUUUUAUUUCUGAAAUACAGUUUCUCAAUCCAAGAGGAGACAAGGUACACAUCAGUUUUUGUUAGAAUGAACUGGAUAUUUUUGCAUACAGAAAUAAUUAUCUGCAGAGUAGUAGGCCUAGCAGAAGAAAAUGCAGCUUCCAAACUUGACUUCCCAUGCAUCUAUCAGCUUUUUGCUGGAAAUGCAUUUCACUUGAAAAAUAAAAGUGAAUAAAUAAACUGAAGGUACCUUUUUAUUACUGGGGAGGGGAGGAUGUACAGAACAGUGAUAUACAUACAACACACACACACACACAGAUUAUGUACCCCAGUGGGUAGAAUUUUCAUACAAAGAUUUUGCAAUUAAAGAGUGAAGAAGGUGCUUCAGCCUUGUACUGUGUAUAUAUUUAAAAAUGUUUUGUAUGUUUUUAUUACUUUAAUUAUUGUUAUAAAAAGCUUGCCAUUUUCAAUAUG